ACACUCAAACAUUUUCCACGUCAGUAGGUUUACAGGCUGAGUCGCCAGCAUCAGAUAGAUAGCCGGUUAGAAAGCUACAUUGCCAAAACCUCGUAGUAGGUCGUGAAAUACCAAGCUAAGGCAUGGAUUUCAUGUGUGCAGCUGUUUAAAAUGUAAAUGCUCAAUCAACUGUAAUGUUAAAGAGCAUAACAUCAAUAUUGUGGUCACUGAAAUUGUUGUUUUUGGUCAAUAGUAGCUAGUUGAUUGGCUAGCUAACUUAAUCAGUUGAAAAUCUGCAGAACGCCAUCUUGGAUUCGCACCCGAACAGAUUUCAACAUGGUGGACAAAAAUAUCUACAUUGUUCAAGGGGAGAUCGCGACAGUAGUCGGAGCCAUCAAGAGGAACUCCAGGAGCACACACACACCCCUGGAUGAAGAACAAGACCCUCUUCUCAACAGCUUUAGCCACCUGAAAGAAGUCCUCAACAACAUUAAAGCUCUGUCUGAUGUGGAGCCUAAUGUGUUCCUGAGGCCCUUCCUGGAAGUUGUGCGUUCCGAAGACACCACCGGACCAAUCACUGGCCUCGCUCUCACCUCCGUCAACAAGUUCCUCUCCUAUGGCCUUAUAGACUCCAAUCAUGAAGGGGCAGCAGAGGGCAUUGAGAACAUGGCUGACGCCGUCACACACGCACGCUUCGUUGGGACUGACCCCGCCAGUGACGAGGUGGUGCUGAUGAAGAUCCUUCAGGUUCUGAGGACACUGCUGCUGACGCCUGUUGGAGCCCAUCUGACCAAUGAGUCUGUGUGUGAGAUCAUGCAGUCAUGCUUCAGGAUCUGCUUUGAGAUGAGACUCAGCGAGCUCCUGAGGAAGUCAGCAGAACACACACUGGUGGACAUGGUGCAGCUGCUCUUCUCCAGAUUACCCCAGUUUAAAGAAGAGGCCAAAAGCUUUGUAGGGGCCAACAUGAAGAAGGCUUACAAUAUCUUAUGGAAAAACAAACGAGUACAGUUGAAGAUGCGUGCAGGUGGGAUGAGUGAGUCGUCUAAAUGGAAGAAGCAGAAGCGUUCCCCCCACCCCCCUCGUCACAUGGUCCGCAGCUCGUCAGGACCAGUUGACGCCCAGUCAGUUUCCUCCUACCAAUCAGGUUUAGACCAGCAUCUGUCGGGUCUGACGGUGUCAGACAGCAUGCCCUCGUCCAUCUCCAGCCCCACCACAGACAGCGGUCUGGACUCGGGCUCCAAGACCACAUCCAGAGAGGACCUCUCAGAUCUGGACCAGGCAACCACACCCCUCAGCCCCUCUGCCUCAGAGUCCAGUGCACUCGAGUGUGCUGUGGAACGGGCCCAGUCAGCCUCAGUAGAGUCCAUCCCUGAGGUUCUGGAGGACCGGGACUCCGUGGCUGAUCAGUCGGACUCCGCCUCGGUCCACGACAUGGACUAUGUGAACCCGCGAGGGGUCCGCUUCACCCAGUCCACUCAGAGAGAGGGUGCAGCGUUGAUUCCCUACGGGCUGCCCUGUCUGAGGGAGCUCUUCCGCUUCCUGAUCUCUCUGACAAAUCCGCACGACCGACACAACUCGGACGUCAUGAUGCACAUGGGCUUGCAGCUGAUCACAGUGGCUCUGGAGGCCGCACAGCUCGCCCCCUACCAGUCACUGCUCGUCCUGGUCAAAGAUGAGCUCUGCAGACAUCUAUUCCAGUUGCUCAGUGUGGACCGUAUCAACCUGUAUGCUGCCUCCAUCCGUGUGUGUUUCCUGCUCCUCGAGAGCAUGAGGGGACACCUGAAGUUCCAGCUCGAGAUGUACCUGAAGAAGCUGAUGGACAUCAUAACGUCGGAGAACCCGAAGCUGCCCUACGAGAUGAAGGAGAUGGCCCUGGAGGCUGUGGUGCAGCUCUGGAGGAUACCCAGCUUCGUCACGGAGCUUUAUAUCAACUAUGACUGCGACUUCUACUGCUCCAACAUGUUUGAAGAUCUCACCAAGCUUCUCUCCAAGAAUGCCUUCCCAGUGUCUGGCCAACUCUACACCACACACCUUCUGUCUCUGGAGGCGCUGCUUACCGUGAUUGACAGCACCGAGGCCCACUGCCAAGCGAAGGUGCUUAACAGCGCUUCCCAGCAGGACCAAUCGGAGACGAUCACGGCUGAGGGGGAGGGAUCAGUCAGUGCGAGCACUGACACCAUGACAGUGGACGAUACUCCGACAGGCUGCACCAAUGGCCACACAGCAGAGUCUGAAACCACGCCCAUUUGCCCACCCACUAGUGGCUACCUGAUGGCAGAAAAAAUGAGACUGGGCCGACAAGACCAGGAGGAGACGGAUCCCGCUGAGAAGAAAUCCCCCAAGAAGCCACAGAGGUUCUCUAGCUAUCUGCCAGACUCCCAGGAACUCAACGACAUCAAGAACAAGAAGAAGCUCCUGAUCACAGGUACAGAGCUUUUUAACCAGAAGCAUAAGAAGGGCAUCCAGUUCCUGCAGGAGAAGGGUCUGUUGAGCAGCCCUAUGGACAACACCGAGGUGGCCCAGUGGCUCCGGGAGAACCCCCGCCUCGACAAGAAGAUGAUCGGAGAAAUCGUCAGCGACCGCAUGCACAUGGAGCUGCUCGACAGCUUUGUCAAUACGUUUCAGUUCCAGGGCUCGCGUAUAGACGAGGCCUUGCGUUUGUAUCUGGAGGCCUUCCGGCUCCCUGGAGAAGCUCCAGUCAUUCAUCGCCUCCUAGAAACCUUCACUGUCAACUGGCAUAAAGUGAAUGGGUCUCCCUUCGAAACAAAUGACGCUGGGUUCGCUCUGGCCUACGCUGUGAUCAUGCUCAAUACAGACCAGCACAACCACAACGUCCGCAAGCAGAACAUCCCUAUGACUGUUGAGCAAUUCAAGAAGAACCUGAAGGGGGUCAAUGGCUCCAAAGACUUUGACCAAGACAUGCUGGAGGACAUCUACAACACCAUCAAGAAUGAGGAGAUAGUGAUGCCAGACGAGCAGUCGGGGCUGGUGAAGGAGAACUACGUGUGGAGCGUUCUACUGCACCGUGGGGCCACCCCAGAGGGCGUCUUCCUGCACAUCCCGCCUGGCAGCUAUGACAACGACCUCUUCAGCAUGACCUGGGGCCCCACCAUCGCCGCCCUCUCCUACGUGUUCGACAAGAGCCUGGACGACACCAUCAUACAGAAGGCCAUCGCCGGCUUUAGGAAAUGUGCGAUGAUCUCCGCUCACUUUGGCUUCAGUGACGUGUUUGACAACCUCAUCAUUUCCCUCUGCAAGUUCACCACACUCAGUAGCGAGUCGGUGGAGAACCUGCCCACGGUGUUUGGCAGUAACCUGAAGGCUCAGGUUGCGGCCAAGACAGUGUUUAACCUGGCCCAUCGCCAUGGCGACAUCCUGCGUGAGGGCUGGAAGAACAUCAUGGACUCCAUGCUGCAGCUGUUCAGAGCCGAGCUGCUGCCCAAGGCCAUGGUGGAGGUGGAGGACUUUGUGGAACCGAACGGAAAGAUCUCUCUUCAAAGGGAAGAGACACCAUCGCAGAGAGGGGAGUCUGCGGUGUUGAGUUUUGUGAACUGGUUGACAUUGAGUGGAGCUGAGCAGUCAGGACCCAGAGGACCUUCCACAGAGAACCAGGAAGCCAAGCAGGCCGCACUGCUCUGCAUUAAGCAAUGUGACCCAGAGAAGUUGAUCACAGAGAGUAAGUUCCUUCAGCUGGAGUCGCUUCAGGAACUCAUGAAGGCUUUGAUCUCUGUGACGCCUGAUGAAGAGACAUAUGAUGAAGAGGAUGCUGCUUUCUGCCUUGAGAUGCUGCUUCGGAUUGUACUGGAGAACCGGGACCGAGUGUCGUGUGUGUGGCAGACGGUGCGAGACCACCUGUGCCAUCUGUGUGUCCAUGCCAAUGAGAGCUGCUUCCUCGUGGAGAGAGCAGUGGUGGGCCUCCUCAGACUGGCCAUCAGAUUACUGAGAAGAGAAGACAUCAGCUCACAGGUACUGCUGUCUCAGCGUCUCCUGUUGAUGAUGAAGCCUCACGUGUUGUCUCGCGUGAGCAGAGAGGUGGCCUAUGGUCUCCACGAGCUGCUCAAGACCAACGCUGCCAACAUCCACAGCACCGAGGACUGGUACACACUCUUCUCCCUGCUCGAGUGCAUCGGAGCGGGAGUCAAACCACCAGCGGCUCUGCAGAUGAGUGCAGGGAACACUGAUAAUGAUACAGGAGCACAGUCAGACAGUGAGGUGAGCUCAUACCACCCCAGUGAGGUGUCUGUGGACCGGGGCUACACAUCUGACUCAGAGCUCUACAACGAGCAACACGGGAAGAGCCGCAUCCCCCGCUCCACCACUGACGUGGAUGUGGCCAACAGCGGCUGGCUAGUGGUGGGUAAGGAUGACCUGGACAGCAGUAAGGGAGGGGCCGGUGGCUCUAAGCCUCUGACCUUCCCUCUGGUGAACCAGUACAGCCUGACCCUGGGCCAGGACAUGGGCCUGCACGACACCAAGUCCCUCAUCAAGUGUGUGGAGUCGCUCUCCUUCAUCGUGCGCGACGCUGCUCACGUCACGCCCGAGAACUUCGAGCUCUGUGUCAAGACCAUCCGCGUGUUUGUGGAGGCCAGCCUCAACGGAGGCUACCGCACUCAUGAGAAGAAGAAGAGCCACAAGUACGACUCCAAGUCGAGCCGCCUGCGCAAGAAGCCUCGUGAGAAGGAGGCCGCCUCCCGCCGUGCCAAGGCCAGCCAGCGCCUGUCCCGUUCCCAUAGUGACGACGAGGAGGACGAGGGCGUGCCAGCCAGCUACCACACGGUGUCUUUACAGGUUAGUCAGGACCUGCUGGACCUCAUGCACACACUCCACACGCGUGCCGCCAGCAUCUACAGCUCCUGGGCCGAGGAACAGCGCCAUCUAGAGGCAGCUGGCAGGAAGAUUGAGGCCGACUCCCACACACUGUGGACCAGCUGCUGGUGUCCUCUGCUACAAGGUAUGGCGUGGCUGUGCUGUGAUGCGAGGCGGCAGGUGCGCAUGCAGGCCCUCACCUACCUCCAGAGGGCGCUGUUGGUGCACGACCUGCAGACACUCGAUGCUGCUGAGUGGGAGUCCUGCUUUAACAAGGUGCUGUUUCCCCUUCUGACCAAACUGUUGGAUAACAUCAGUCCUGCUGACGUAGGGGGCAUGGAGGAAACGCGCAUGAGAGCUUGCACUCUGCUCUCAAAGGUCUUCCUGCAGCACCUGUCCCCUCUGCUGUCUCUGCCUACCUUCGCUGCCCUGUGGCUCACCAUCCUGGACUUCAUGGACAAGUACAUGCACGCAGGCUCCAGUGACUUACUGCUGGAGGCGAUCCCUGAGUCUCUGAAGAACAUGCUGCUGGUGAUGGACACGGCGGGCAUCUUCCAGAGCACAGACUCCCGCAGCGGCUACUCGGCACUCUGGGAAAUCACCUGGGAGCGCAUCGACUGCUUCCUGCCCAACCUUAGAGAGGAGCUCUUCAAGCAGGCCGUCAUGCCCGAGCCUGUGCCCAGUGUGCCAGCAGAGCCCCCUCAAGCUCCCUUCCCUCCCCCCACUGAGCCAAAGCCCUCCAGCCGGCCAGCCUCCCCCCAGGAGAACACAGCCCCACCUAGUGCCAACGGCACAGACAGAUUGUCCCCUGUGCCCCCCUCCACCCCUCCGAUGUCCAGCCCAGUGAAGAUGGCCUCCCCUGAGUCGCCCCCGUCUCUCUGCCAAUCACCUCUCAUCCUGCAGCCUCUGGCCUCGCCCCUACAGGUCGGCGUGCCGCCCAUGUCCCUGCCAAUCAUCCUAAACCCUGCCCUCAUUGAGGCCUCCUCUCCUGUUCCCCUUCUUUCCACCCCGCGACCUUCUGUCCCUACCGACCCCACAGAGGUCAAGUAACACCCCCGCCCCACUCCUCGACCCCCUUUCAACCCAUACCAUCAGUGCUGGAAAGGAAAUGAUAUAAUCACUCAGAAGGAAAUUACUUCACAAAGGGGCCUGUGACCGAAUGAAUCGUAACUGGCAGCAUGGUCACCAUAUACAGAAAAAUACAUAUUAAAAACUGAUGACCUACACACAAGCACACAUACACACACACACACACACACACACACACACACACACACACACUUACUUACUUUCUUUAAAAGCAGCAGUUCUGGAGCACUGUCAGGUGUAGCUGCGGUCUGGCUGUGUCCUCCUUGGUUCUAGUCUCUCCCUCUCAAACUCAGAUAUUUAUUAUUGUUAUUAUUACUAAGAUUCUUCUUCUUUAAGCUAGAGCCUGAAGGAGCAGCCUGGACCUAUGACCCAGUGCAGGACAGAGCCAACUGUCUGUGUAGACCUCUAACUAACAAUGGCCGAUUCACCCAGACCCCUGCGCGUGCCACACACACCAUGUCAGGGCUUAGACAGGACUGAAGCGAGCCACUCAGCCAGAUUAGGUACCGCAUGUUAGUGUACACAUUUAACUCUAGUCUCUACAGCAGGGGGCUCACUACCAGCUAAUAUGGAGCAGCAGUCAGAGAGGCAGUUAUUUUUUCAUUAUCACACACACACACACACACACACACACACACACACACCAUUAUAUUUUAAUAUGAAAUAGAGGACUACAACAUAAAAUCCUUCAGGAAAAUCCAAAGAGUUAAUUAGAUGAGGGCAUUGGAGACGUCCUUCUGGGCAUGACACUGAGCUGUAACCUGUUGAUGGUGGAACGGCCAUGUUUCAUGUGUCUGUCAAGUGUAGUAACAACCCUUCACAGAAUGGAAAGGGGAUGGUGUAUUGGAGAAUACAGCAGCUUUAGAGUUCUCAUUGCUCUACACAUGUCACCUGACCACGGAGCUUUUAUUAUGAUGCAGCAGCCGUUCUAGAACAUUCCUCCACAGGUGGGAGUGGUUAGUCGUGGCAGGGAGGGGGUUAUAGGGGAGGAAAGGGUGCUGCUAAUAGCUGAUCCAGCCUUUGAAUUCCAGAGUCAGGUUUUUAAUUUUAUUAUUGUCAUUUUUAUUAUUUUGAAAAUGAUUUCCACGUCUUAAAGAGAUUACUUAAAGGAGUUUUGUUGUGUGUAAUAUGAGUGGUUGUGUGGCAUGUCGAUGUGAUCUACCACGGUACUGGUCUUCUGUGAGAGUCCUGAGAGCAUCACUUCACACUGGAGGAGAACAUGGUCUCUCAGUCCUCCAUGGCCAUAGUCACAGGACAAAGCUGGUUCGACUUUCUCAUACCAUGACUUCAGGCAUAUUGGCCAGGAUCCAAUCCUAGUGUUUUGUCAGUGUAGUAAUUGUCACAAAUUCUUUGCGAGACUGAUCGUAUCUAUUACACAGUUUGAGAAAAUUAAGAAGAGUUCACAUUUGGUACUCCACAACUCCCCGCCACCUUUUUUUUCUGUGAAAAACAACACUUAAACUAGCUGGCAAAAGCCAUGUUUGUAGGAUAUGGCCGUGUGAGCUGGAAGUUAAGAGAGGAGACUCUCCGUAGACCAAAGUCAGUGUGAAAUCCUCCUGGGCUGCCCAGAGAAUCUCCCUCAACGUGGUGUUUAAAGCCUGUUGGACUCCACACGCCAGUAGCCUUACAGCAGUCUCCCCAGUACACACACACACACACACACACUUAUAUACACACACCACAUCGCUACAUCGGAAGGCAACGGCCCUCCCUUCUCUCUCUUUCACACACAUGCACAUCAGCAGAGAGAGGAAGGGAAAGGCUGCUUUGAAUCUUUCGUAAAGGAUGUGUUUAUUUAGACCGGAUCCACAUAGGGAACGCAGGACUGGAGAAAAGAGGGGCCGAGUCACCUGGAAGGUUCUCCCAGAGAACCUAGUUCCUGUGUCUCUUCCGGUUCCUGGCAGUUCCCACUGCGUAAGCUCAGUUCUGUCUGUUGUACUGCAAUCUUAGCCGAAAUCGAGAACUAAUUCUGAGCUAAACCUGGAAAUAUUGUGUAUAUAUAAAUAAAUGGUCAUGUACUUUUUAUCAUGUAAUAAAUAUAAGGUAAAGAACA